AAUCUUAGUUCCGAAAGAUACGUCUUUAUGUUCGUUUUGUGAUCGGACGAUAAUGAAAUAUCGGUUUUUAAAUAUGUGUUACUCGGAUAUAUCCCGUCAAUCUUGUGACCAGUAUAAGCGAAUUAAAAAUCCACUAUCCCUUGCUUUUCUAUAUAUUACUUCAACCGCUAAACAUUGUCUUCGGUGAAUUUGAGAGCAAAUAUAUAUGGAAAUGUUUACCUGCGUGUGGCACUUAUGUGGAUGGGUGGAUCCCUCUAGUAUGGAAACAAAGAAAGGGAUCUUCCAAACUCAACAUAGCAGCUCAUUUUCACAGUAUAACGAUUCAAAAGAAGUUGAAACUUACUUGAAACAUCCACAAAAUACACCUACUGACCGCCUAGAUGAAAACCAACAACUCGGCCUAAAAUAUUCCAGUGAUAAAUCCAAUCAGCAUAUUCGAUUUGAUAAUGAAUAUAGAGUCAUUCGGACACCAGAUAUUAAUGUAAUUCCUAGUCCCCAUUCAUUUAACAAUCAUUAUGUUCAGUAUCAAAAAUCCUUUCAAAGACCUUACUAUAAUACUACUCAAGUCACAUCUGCAUCUAAUCUUUCACAUAACAUAGUAGUACCAAAUACUCCUCAGAUGUGGAUACCGGAGCAAUCGCAUUAUCACCCACAACCUUUCCAAAAAAGUAUUCCAAGUGCUCAACAAUAUUCCACUAAAAUAAAUAAUUUUGAAAAGAGAAAAAUAAAUGCCACGUCGCAACUGAAAUCUCCAAUUGCUAAGAGACCGCUGGAAGCACCCGUAACAUUGCAAGGCUGGUUGCAUAAACAAGGAUCAGAAGGGCUUAUGCUAUGGAAGAAAAGGUGGUUUGUUUUGUCAGAAUACUGCCUAUUUUAUUACAAAGGUCCUGAAGAAGAGAAAAUACUUGGGUCAAUUUUGCUACCUUCAUACAAAGUAUCUCUGUGUAGACCCAACGAAAAAAUUGGAAAAAAAUACGCUUUCAAGUGUGAACAUGCUAAUAUGAGAACUUAUAUAUUAGCUGCAGAUUCACAAGAACUGAUGAAACAAUGGAUAUAUAAUUUAAAUUUAGCAACUAUGAUGCAAACUAACAUAGAACAAAAACCAUAUAUUCACAAUACACCUGCUCAACAGAAAAUAGUAGAUAAUAAUUGUCAGUGGCCUGGAGGAAAUUAUCAAAAAACGCCUUCAUCUCAUCUUACUCUCCCUCCAUCAAACUGUAUUUUACAAGAUCACGGCUCUUUUAAUCAACCAUUAUACGCCAAUGCACCUCCAAAACCGAGGCGACUUAAUGAUGGUAUAUUUCCCAGUUCUGAUAUUUCAGACCGAUAUAUUCUUCAUUAUGUAGAUCCAGGAUCCUUGGAAAAAUCACCUGGUGCUAACUAUUCCUCUGUCAAUUACAGUUCUAAAAACAAUAGGGAGUAUGUUACUUUUGGUGGUGAAUUUCAGGCUAAUCACGAUUUUGAACGAAGAACCCCAGAUACUUAUGGAAGAUCAAAAUUAAGCCAUCUGUUUUCCACAGAUUACGAAGAUGUGUAUAGUGAACAACAAACAAUGUAUAGAAGACCUGUUAGUCCUGUAGGCCAUAGUAAUAUUGUUAAAAGAAAUAAUCUGCUACCAGUAAUUCCCAUUCAUCGUUAUUAUACACCAGUAAACAUGGUUGGACCAACCAAAAAUAUACAAUGUGCCGCUCCUCAAAUGAGAAAAAAUUCAGAUGUCAAUAUCGUGAGACCCCAUAGCGCCGACUUUUUAGAAUACGAAUUAAAUCACAAGUUACAAGAUGAUUUAACGCCACUUAAACAACGACCACGCCCUAAAUCUAGCUUAGAAAUAAAUGCUAAUUCAACUGAUAACCAUAACUAUUUUUAUUCAAAGGAGAGAUACGCCGAAAAAAUGAGAAAAUCGGCUCAAUAUCUGCAAAAUAAACCUAUUAAACAUAAUAACGAAAUAAUUUAUAAUAUGAAUGAGUCAAUUACGUGUCCAACUCAUGAAAACACCUAUCCUUUUGUAGGCAGACUUCAAGCACAUAAUCAUAUACCUGAAAACAACAAAAUGCAAGUAAACGAUAUGCACAAAUCCCAACCAGUAAGAAGUAAGAGCGUAUUAAGUGAUGAUAGUAUCUCAAAAGAAUUUAGCACUGACAUAGAUACAAAACUUUUUAUAGAAUGUGAUUCGCUCAGCUCAGAUUAUAUGUUUGGAAAUUGCCGUAGUGCGGAGUACGACCUCAUUACUAGGUCAGCUAGUGCUAGAUUACCUCAGACACCUUCCCAAGUAGAUCGAUCAUCUGUUGACAGCAUUAGAAGCAUUAAUAGAGAUAGAGAAAGGAAGAGAGAAGAGUCGAUUAGAAGGCUUUUGGAAUGGAAACAGCGUAUGUUGCAAUCACCUUUAAAUAGAAAAAUCCAAGGAAAUGUUGCUUACCGUGCUAAAAACGACAUUUAUAAUAAUCGUGAUAAUUAUAAAUACUGUAGAAAUUCGAAGCAGUCCGAAUUAUACAUGGACGAAGAUCAAUCUAAAAGUUCAACUCAGUACAAUAGUUAUUCUUCAGAUGACGAAGAAAAUGAGAAGAGAAGCAAAGAAAUUGUUCAGUCACAGGCAGGAGGGAUCUUGGACAAUGAGCGACCUACACCUGCACAAUCCACCUCUACCACUACUCAUAUUACCUCCACUGAUUUUGUAAAGCCUCAAUGUCAUCUUGAACUGCGUGAAACAUCCUACACAAAUAUCUUUGAAAAUUUAUUAGUUUCUUACAACCAAGAUGAUUUUUCGCAACAUUUCAAAAAAUUUACAAAGCAAGACCUUGAGCAUAUAGCAAAUCUUCAAUUGAAACAUCGAGAAAAACAAGAUGAUUUAGCCUCUCAUUCAUAUGUCGAACUUGAAGGCAAUAAAGAUACAGAAAAUUCAGAAGAAAAUGUCGAACAGCCUCAUAAUGCUUUGGAAGAAAACUACAUCCCAAUGUCUCCUAACAAAAAUAUCUUGAUUUCACGUAGCAGACACAGUGAAUGCGAUAUGAAUGUAGAUAAAUCCAAAACGGAUGAAAAUCAUUAUGUGGAAAUGACUAAAAAUGUUUCAGGAUAUCUUUUAGAUUCUAGUUUGAAUACCAAGGAAACAGAAAAGUCAGUAGUAUUCAAUGACAACAAAACAGAACCACUCUAUAUGGAAUUAGAAAUUCCGGAUCAAACCACCAAUAAUAAAAUACUGCCUGAUAUAAUACUAAAUCCUAAUAAAAGUACAGCUGCCACAUCAGAUAGUUCUGAUGCCGAUGAUGAAGCAUCUAAAGAUUUAGAUUCUUUAGGUACUCCCAACCAACCAAGAUUUAGCUUAUCGGACACAUUUAGACCGGCAUCUUACUACCUAAGGACAAUGCAAAUGAACAUUGAAUUACAAGAUAGCUCCGAUACCGAAUUAGUGUCACCUCUACCUAUUAUUCCUCCUUCACCGCAGCCGUUAGACGAUCUUAGUGGAGGCGAAUAUAUCAAGCUGGCCGUGAAAAAUGAUGAAAAAAUGGGAAUAAAUACUUUGUCGAGCUCAUCAAUUAGUGUAAAUGGAAGAAGAUUCAUUAAAAAGAAAUCCAGUCGACCAAAAAGUUUGAAUAACAUCCCUUUAAAAGGCGAUGAAACUAUUAGCAAAAUUUGUAACAGUGAUACCGAUGAAGAUACAAUAUCUAAUCAACAACCAGUGGAUUAUGUUAAAUCGAGACCCAUCUUAAAAGAGCUUUGUUCUGAUAUAAGUAAUAUAAGCUGUGAUACUGUAGAUAAUUCAACACACCUUUCUAGCAAUAGCGAUAACGUAAACCCAUCAAGAUUCCAUCAAUAUGAAAAUUUGAUGAUUCCUCGCUUCCCAGAUUUUCCAAUUGAAAAAAGCACAAAUAAAUCAGUAGAGGAGUUGAUGGACUUUGUCGGAAAGCAACAAAUAGACCGACCUAGAAGUAGUACGUCAACCUCGGCUGAUAUAAGUAGUUUGAUAUUAAAUUCGAAUAGGUCUACACCCAUUGUAGAAGUGGACGUCUCCUCAUCAGUGUACUCGCCUAAUACUUUAUUACAAACAUUGGCUCCGUAUUAUUAUUCCGAUUUAUCUAUAAAUGUGACUGAUUCGCAGUCACUCCCCUUAACCUUAAAUAAUCAGAGAAAUGCCACAAAAAGUAAUAAAAGAGAUAUUGGUCAUAUAAAAAACCCUAUAAAAGGAAAUCUACGAGUUUCAUCAUACGAUAAUACUUCUAGACUCGCAGCUGAAGCGAGAUCAGCAUCAGUAGACUUCUUAAAUCUUACCGAUAAACCAGGACAUAUAGACAACAAAAAUAUUUAUGAAUCUGAUAGUUUGCAAAAAAGUAAAUCUAGACAUAAUUCUGACGAAGCACGAAAUUUGUUAGUGAAAAGAAAGAGUAACAAAUUUUCAUCCGACAUUACCGUCUUUACCAAAACAAGAGUUAGAAGAUCGCAUUCGUUGGAAGGUUUAUUAGAAAAUGUUUUGCAAAAAAAUAGCAGCUUUACAAAUAAUAUGACAGAAAACAAAGUUUAUGUAUGCAGAGAACCAGAGAACACAUCAGAAGGCAGUUAUUUAUGGGAGGAGGAUUCAAUCUGGAGCGAACAACUAAGAUCUGCUAGUCAACGCCACACGAAAUCCAUGGAAGAUUUAGAUACUAUAGACACGAUAAAAUCACUCAGAGGUAUUAGUCGUAGUGUUACAUACGUUAACGACAAUUUUAGAGCACCGGAUAAACACAAAGAGCAUAGCAAACCAGAUACUCAAAACACAGAGAAUAAACUUAAAAAAGAAGGUAGUUUUAUAUUCGACAGAGAAAAAUUGCGACAGUGGGAUUUAUUAUCAAGUGCACCAUCGGACAAUCAAAUUACAACGACGCUAGCUACCCAGUUGCAGGAAGGUAAUAAUAUAUUGGUAGAUUUAACAGACGCAAAUUGUGAUUCUUCUGAAUUAAAGGGCAACCAAAAUACAGCAUCUGGAUCGAUUUCAAUAAAUACAAGAGACGCAUCUGAAGUUGCUACAAGAGGAACAUUUCCUAGAGUAUUAUCAAAUGAAAAAGUCUGGACACGAACAAAUUUUCCUUCAGAUUCUCGAUCAGUAACAACUAAAAAUUGCGACAAGGAACAAAAUAGGAAACCCGAUCCGAAAGUGUACUAUUCAAAUUUGACUCCUGUCAGAAAGGAAAAUUGGCCACUCCAUGAAAAAGUAAGCGUUUCUGCUGGUGAAUUACUUGGUAGAACUCACGAAGAAUUAGUAUUAUUAUUAAUUCAGUUACGCAGGCAAAGUACACAAACAUUACAAGCAAUACAAAAUUAUUAUAAUGAAAUUGAUAUGAUUCAGGCGCAGUUGUAUGCAGUGAAUCAGGCAAGAAGGAUGGAAAAUUUACAGAAGUUGGAACAGAUUAAACAACAUUUGCUGGAACUUGAAAACCAGUAUGAAAAAGGGAAACCUUUAGUUAAUCUGGUAGACAACAUGGUAAAAUUGGGAUCUUUGUACAGAUCUCCGCAGGAUAAAACUACUGUAACACCAUAUAUUAGAGACCAAUUAGAGUUUAAUCAACAAAUUCAAGAAAGAAGACUUCUUGCAGAAGAAAAACGGGAAUGGAGUAGACUCAAUACAAAUCAUUAUCAAUUCCAAGAAAAGGUACAGCAAUUAUAUAUACUAGAUAGAUUGAUACAUGAAGAGUCUGGUGCGCUUCAAAAUCUUCAAAAAGAUAAAGAAGAUAUAGAGCGUGCCUUGGUAGACUUGAGACAUCGUCUUAGUAAGGGUUUUAAAGAUCCAGGUGAAAUUGAAAUAGCCCAUAAACAACAAAUUAUGCUUGAAAAUGAAUUGAGUAGAGUACAUUAUAUGUUGGCACAAAAUUCUAAAAAACUGGAAGAAACAGUAUCAGGAAAUGCAAGAUUGGAACAAGAGCUUCUGGUUUUAAAACAAAAAUUACAAAGUUCAAGACAACAGAGCUCACCACAGUACUCACAUACUGGUGAUAGCUUCAAGUGCACCCUUGGUAGCAACGUUACAGCAGAAUCCGAUCUUCAAAAAGUGGAAAGAAAGAUUGGUGAAUUACAAAAGCAAAGACAAAAGCUUAGUUUACAAGUGAGACAAUUAACAGAUAAAUCACCCAACAUGUCGUACCAAAAAUCUGAUUUUAACGAUAUUCAAAAUGAUAUUAACAAAAAGAGAAUACAUUCUUUAUGGAGAGAAACUGAUUUAGACACCAUGUCAAUUAUUGAUCACGGUGAAUACGAGUGUAAUCCUGGAUUAAAAUCAAUCCAUCUUCACAAUAAUGCAGAAAGUAAAGUAGAAGAUUACGACUUCUAUAAUAAUGCUGACGACUCCAAUACGUCCAUGAGUGUUAAUUUAAUUACGCCCCAGGAAAAACAAGAGAUAAAAACUGUGAGAAUAGUUAAAAGAGAAUCAGAAAAGCGUCAAAGAGAUAAGGAAAAAUUAAUUCCAAGCAAAUGGGACGUAACACUGGAAGAAGAUGAUUCUUCUGGAAAUUACAAUACGAUAUCUAAAUCUCUACCUUCUUCAGCAGAAAAAGGAUGUAAUGCUGAUAAAUCAAAUUCAAUUCCGAACAUCUGUGACUAUCCUGAACAGGCUCCGUCUCCGGAUAUAUCACCGGUAUUCAAAAGUGAAGCGGCGCGCCAAAUCAUCACUGAAAUGACUAAUCAAAAUAUUCCCAAACUACUAAAUAGAAGAACUGUCCCCAAAGAAAAACGAAGACAUUAUACAGCCCCCCAUAACCAUAUGUUAAUGAAAAGCUUGAACCAGAUACCAAAUGAUAGUGAUACUUUUGAUAAAAUGAAUGCAACAAGUAGAAGAGCCAGAGAUGAUUUAGAUAUGGAAAUAGCACUUAGACAGAGAAUAGAUGCCCCCGAUGUCGUCAGAUCUACUUUAAUUAAUACCGAGUUAAAAUAUAAUGAAAGAACAAUAGAUGACCUUCUAGGUAUUCCUAAUAAAAUUAACAUUCCUGAGAGGUAUGUUCCCGAACAGCUUCCACAGUUCUCAGCAGAAGAACAGGAGUAUCGUACAAAGAAAGCUGAAAGUAUUAAGAAAAUGUUAUCAGAAACAACUCUUAUAAGUACCAAUUCUACGAAUUUAAGUGGAGAAAAUCAGGAUAUUCAAAAGACUUCCAAUGGAGAAAGCAUAACAACUAGUAAGAUAUUAGACGAGAAAAAGCAGAGGGAACAUCUAUUGCAACUUAAUCAAAUUCUAGCUAAACAAGUUAUGGAGAUGAGUAAAAUUGUUGCAGAAAGAGCAACAUCUAAAGUAUCCAACGAAGAUUCUCAGAUAAGUGCCGAAGAGGAGGAUUUGUCACCUUUAACACAAUUACCUCUAUAUCAACAGCGUGAUAAUUUUUACAGUUAGUUUCCAUUUCUAUGUAAGGAAAUACUUAUGAAAGUACAUUAUAAAUUAUUUUGUGGUAUGUUAAAUUUAUAUAGCUUAAGUAUAUAAAAAAUAUGGAGAGGACAUCGUGUACGUGUACUAUAAAAGAGAAUUAUCUCUAAUUUUAACACAUAUAAGUUUGGUUACAUUGCACUGUUGAUAAAUGAGUCAGAGACCUACAUGUCCGCUAUUAUGAUCCGUUUUGUGCUUUUAGCGAUAAUUUUCUAUUAUUUAUAUUAUAGACUAAGUUGGAAUGAUCUUUUUAUUGUGACAGUGGUAGAAUAGUUCAAAAAUAGAAUUUUGUGCCUGACAAUAAAGAUUUUGUUUUAAUGGUA